AAAUUUAUUAAACGGAAGUAAAUCCCUAACCUUGGUACUAUCAGUUGCGAUAUAUUUUUAUGGGUUCAAAAGAUUCAGAAUGACAAGAUCUAGGGGAUAAUGCAAGUGCAGUAUUAACAUCACAUGAGAUAACUAGAAAAAAAUUCAAUAUUACCGGCAGUAGGUUGUUAUCUGUCAAGUUUACAUCCUGACCUUGAUAGAUAAUGUGUCGGGCACAUAUACAGGUGCAUAACAUGGUGUUCUGUUAGUUUAGGAAAAGACUGGGUGACAGCAUGUGAGGUCAGGGAUGGACAGACCUGCCAUCCUGAUAUAGGAGUGGCAUGAAGAGUGCCUCAAGACUCCUGUGCCAGACUAGCCUCCUCAGCACCGUGGCGGCGCUUAACAUGCAUACAAAGUGCCGGGGCGGCGUGUACUCCUUCACCAAGGGCAAGGUGCAGCGGACUGAGGUGCCAGACAGCAAAGUGGAGUGGAGUGCAGUCUUUGAGGGGUACACACCGCCGCAUUACACUGCCCCGCACAUCCUGGCGGGGCCCGUCUAUGCCGACCCGGAGAUAGGAGCCCCAAGAUUCAAGCCACGGUGGAACGCACUGGACGGCAAAGUGAAUCGCUGUUCCCACACGAGGCAGUACAAUGUAGUGGAUGGCUUCCCACGGAACGUGUGUGGCCGCACGGGUCUGGCGGGGCGGGGCGCCCUGGGGCGGUGGGGACCCAACCAUGCUGCCGAUCCCAUCGUAACGCGCUGGAAGGUGGCCGAUGGCAGGAGGGUUAUUCAUGAUGAGACAGACAAGCCAGUCCUCCAGUUUGUGUGCAUCCAGCGCAGGGACAGCGGGGAGUGGGCCAUCCCCGGGGGCAUGGUGGACCCAGGGGAGCGUGUCACGGCUACGCUGCAGCGGGAGUUCCUGGAGGAGGCCCUCAACGCCCUGGAGAUGACCCCAGCACAGAGGGAACAAAGUGAACACCAGCUCAGGGAACUCUUCAAAGGCGGUGUAGAGGUUUACUCCGGGUAUGUGGACGACCCGCGCAACACGGACAACGCCUGGAUGGAGACCAUGGCAUACAACUUCCACCAAGAGGACACAGAGGGGGUGCUGUACUCCCUGCAGCUCCACGCCGGGGAUGACGCCAAGACUGUGAGGUGGCAGGACAUCAGCGGCAGCCUGAACCUCUACGCCAGCCACAAGGACAUGAUCGAGAGGGUGGCACAGAGACACGACGCCCAUUGGUGAGCAGAGAACUAGUGUGGUGAAGUUCUUGCAGCUGUUAUUCCCUCGCCUCCUCUCUCUCCCCUUGUUGUUGUUCCCUUCACCUCCCCGGAGAUAAGAGAUGGUGGUGAGUGAGUGAGUUUUUGCUUUCCUCAUUUGUCAGUUUGAUUCAUCUUGCAUUGUUCAGGUCUUCAUCGGUGGUUUUGCAUUCACUUGGCACAAAGGGAGAUGCUACGAUACUUUUGUCUGUCCUCUUUUAUUACUUCUCAUGAUUUUUUCAGCUGUGUGGAACAUUUUCAUCUAUUGUAUGUUCAUGGUCAAUAAUCUUUCAACUGUUUAUAUACUCACAUUAUAGUACAAGUGAUUCCCAAGUUAUGAAAUCGUUCCAUUUUGGGGUCAGUAUUGAAGUCCAAUUUAUCUCUAGUCUGAACACUUGUGGUCCAUAACCAGAAUCAGAUUUAUGUAUAGGAUCCAUGAUAGGGGCUUGCAUACUUAGAAGAAUUUAGAAGACAGCACAAUAGACUCUUUAUGGAUACAUUAUUAAACUUACACUAGCAGCAGCAUACCACUUUGCACUGCCUCUGUAAUUAGUUCAUCACUGUGAACCUUUGUCUGUAAUGCAGAUUUUUUAAAUGAUAGAUUACAGUAGUCCCUUAUCCAGGGAUAAUGUAGAUCAGGACGUUCAUAACACUGGGGCUUCCUGCACCCAGCAGCUGCCACAACUCACAGUUUUCUGAUUGUAGCCAUGUCAUACUAUUUUUAGUUUUUGAAAUGAAAAGCUGUCAAGAAGCUUUAGCUAAUUUGCAGUUUGAAUACCAAAGAUUUUGGAAAUGUCUUGUUGAUAUUCAUCACAGAGAAACCAGUGAUUUCCUGGAAACAUUUGUGUUUACCUUUCUGUUUUGUAUAUGUAGAGCAAUUAGAUAAACUGCAGCUAAACCAACUAAUGCCUUAGAAGAUACAGGGAUGUAGGACACAGCUGGUCGUAGUGAGUCUGCCAUGUAAGGCUUGAGUCAUAGCACACUGCCUUAAGGCCUUAGUGAGUGGUCAGUGCAUCGUUAUUACCUCACUUGUCAGUACAGGUAUCACCAUCUCACCUUGGGAAUUUCCAGUCCAAUAAUUAGUGCUUCUACAGUACAAGACUGAAAGGGUCAGAUGAUUGGCAUGGGAUGGGAAAAUUCAAGUUCAGAAACAAAGCUCACUUCAUAAUAUGCAUAAUGUUGAAAUAUGGAAAGGAAAGUUUGACAGACCAAAUGUAAAUACAUUAAUGAUUAAUAUUGUAGCACCAGACAACACAGACCUGGUGGUACAAGUUGUUUAUUAGUCAGACACAUUGACGUGAAGGCUAUCAAGAGAUGGGGUCAUUGUCACCAAAGGGUUUAGUUAUUCCUGGCUCAAGUCUAAGACAUGGCUGCGUACAUUGUAUGUGUGUAGUAUAUUACUUUUUUUUACUACAUUGAGGCUUGUUGUAGCUGCCAACUCCUAAGAUGUCAGUUUGCUUGUGUGCUUUUCCUCGUGGCCAGAUCCAUUGCCGAGUAGUACAGUUAUUUUCUCCUUGACACAAGUGACAAAAUGGAUUUAUAGCACUGAUGAGGAGCCAUUAUUGUGACUGUCUGUAUUAGAUGAAAUUUGUGGUGGUGAUUCUUAAUUACCUCAGCAAAUUGCCAUCUCAACUCCUUGAGAAAAUAGGAAUUACUCAAGAUAUUAUAGAAUAACUUUCAUCCAGCCAGUUGCAUCCAUUCAUUGUUGAGGCAACUUUGGUUGAUGGAUGUAUAAAUAAUAUGAAUGGGAAUGAGCCACAGCUUGGGCUUCAUGUAUCUUAUUGUAGUAGUGUAUGCAACUACACAACCAAGCAAUUGAUGUGGACAUGUGCUAGGGGAUGAAGUGCCUUACCCACACUACGAUGGACUCUUCAGGGGUCUCUCGGGGGCCGUACUGCAAGUCCAGUCUGAGAAGUUUCGGGUCCCUACAGAGUUUGGGAUGAAUAACUCUGCAAAACUUCUCGGAUUGGACUUGUAAUAUGGCCCAGAGAGAGAGAGAGAGAGAGAGUGUUUGUCUAAAAAUUAAAUCGAUGGCAACCACUGGAUACUGUGUGAGUGUUGCCUUUCAGAGUGCGAAUAUUUUUUGAAUAAUAUGUAUCUGUUUUCCAUAUGACAGUGAAAGGCACAUCAUAAUUCAUAUCGUACAGGGUUUCACAACCACAACACAGCACGCACCAAAAAACACUAGAAAUGGGGAGAGUAAGUAAUGGGAAUUAGAAUGCGUUCAUAUUAGUGGGGUCAAAGCGCCAUAAGGCAGCUACCACAAAAAUAAUGGAGCAGAAACCGCUACAAAAUUGGAAACUAAUAAAAGGAAAAAAAAAAAAGGACGAUAUGUUAGCAGGGUCAAGGAGCCAGCAUAUAUGGUGUGUGUAUGAAAGCAGUAUAUGCAGAUAUUUUGAGGACGUAAUUUAUCGGGAAAAGGAUGGAAGGAGGUCAACGUAUCUUUUACUUCUCUGACGCUCUACGGGUUAAGGUAGAAAAAAACAAGCAUUACCAGUGUGGCCACAUUUAAUUUACAAUAACAUGCAUAUUGUCACUUCUUUAGUUAUACACUAUUGAUUACCUUCUUAUUAAUAGCCUUAACAUUACCUUGGGAGGAAUUAUUUACUCUUAAGACCUCAAAAUAUUUGGACAUGUUUAAUCAUGUAUAAUAUAAAAACUGGAAUGAUUAAGAAAGUGAAUCCAAUCAUAGAAUAUUUACCAACUCCAAUUAAUAAGUUAUGUUAUAUUAAAUAGCUCUUGAAUAUAUAUAUACAUCUGUCCCCCCUUAUUUGUGAGGGUAAGGGGACACAGCCGCCCCCCAGAUAAAGAAUUUCUGCAAAUGUUUGGCGCUUCCCCUCUUAAAAGCAUCUGGGUCCACAAAAGACCACCGAGCAAUUAAUCAUUUAAAAUGCACCUACUACAACACUUCCAUUACCUGAAAGCAGCAUAAAUAUCAUAAACAGCAUCAUUCAUCAGCAAUACAUACUAUAAACUGUUGUGUAAUUGAUGUAAUCCUUGUGCCCUUGAGCUGCCUCCUUUGUUGUAAAAAAAAAUUAAAAAAAAAAAUAAAAAAAAUAAAAAAUAAAAAAAAAUACGGGGUCAUUAAUAUCUCGCUUAACUGUUGUCCACUCACCACAGAGUCCCUGCCAUUUUCUUUUUCAACUUUAGGCACUUACCGUAUAUGCUCAUCAUGCAAAUGAUUCACUAGCGAAUGAUUUUCUACAAAAAAAUUGGGUAAUAAAAAUUGGAUCAUAACUACAAGUUCAGCUGCUGAACAUCAAAAAAGCUUGUCAGUGGUAGUGAUGAUUACAUAUUCGUAAGUGUAUGUAAAUUACAAUAGGUAUAGCUGAUGAAUAAUGCUGCUUUUAAUAAUUUAUGCUGCGCUCUGCAUGUAUACAUCACCCUUUCCUUAGGAACAGCCACACUGUCCACAGGCGGACCGCAAGGGUUUGGAGUGGCACGGAGAAAAUUCCUUGUAGGCCACUUUUGUGCAUUUUUGGGAAAUCCACAAAUGUGUGAAUCCACGAACAGUGAACCCACAAAUACCGGGGGACAGAUGUAGGCUCUUUACCGCCAUCCAGUGAGAUUUGAAAUUGUACAAGGCUAGGAGCAGCAUUACAGCAAAAUGUUGUACUUAUAUGGAAUGCUAAGCAACAUUGAAAUGCAUUAUCCUCCAAUAUUCAGAAUACAUACACCUCUGUGGUGCUAUUGGGAAUUGAUUCAGUCAUGCAUCCUCCAAGUUUGGUUGAUCAUUGUGAUAGUGGACAUGCUUUGGUUGAUCCUCUUUACUCAUUAGUCACAGAACUGAGGUCUGUGUGGAGGUCCCUGAAUUGCCUGAGUGAUGAAAAGUAGUUGUGCUGCACUGCUUCAGGACGUAACAACCCCCUCGGACAAAUGUUCAAAACCAACAUUUGAUUGAGGAGGCUUUCAGGUCUUUGAGUUCUAUGAUUAGUGAGAAAAAGGGAUUCCUAAAUGACAUAUUUACUGCCUUUGCUCUAACACCAAAUAUUUUUUAUCCUAAAUAUAUAUUUGUUUCCCUACAGGAUUAAUAAAUUACCCAAAAACUCUU